GCUCUAUGGUCUCUUCUGCAGGGAUUUAUACAGUGCUUUCAAUCUGCUGACACGAAUGCCUAUUUGCCGGUUUGAGGGAAGCAUGGCAUAUUUUUAAGGGUUGGUUAUAGAUCAAUUAAAAGACAAAAGCCUUGGCAUUUAAGAGAGUUAUCAUGGGGUCUACUGCUACAGAAAUCGAGGAGCUGGAAAACACCUCUUUUAAGUACCUUAUAGGAGAACAGACUGAAAAAAUGUGGCAACAACUGAAAGGAAUAUUAAGAUGUUUAGUCAAGCAGCUGGAAAAAGGUGAUAUCAAUGUUGUGGACUUAAAGAAGAAUAUUGAAUAUGCAGCAUCUGUGUUGGAAGCCGUUUACAUUGAUGAAACGAGGAAACUGUUGGAUACCGAAGAUGAACUCUCUGAUAUUCAGAUUGAUUCAGUCCCAUCAGAAGUUCGGGAUUGGUUGGCUUCUACCUUCACACGGAAAAUGGGGAUGACAAAGAGAAAACCUGAAGAGAAGCCAAAAUUUCGUAGCAUUGUGCAUGCUGUCCAAGCUGGAAUUUUUGUGGACAGGAUGUACAGACGGAGUUCCAGCAUAUCUGGUUUGGUUUACCCAACAGCUGUCAUCGUAACAUUAAAGGAUGUAGAUAAAUGGUCAUUUGAUGUAUUUGCCCUAAAUGAUGCAAGUGGAGAGCACAGUCUCAAGUUUAUGAUGUAUGAACUGUUCACCAGAUAUGACCUUAUCAACCGCUUCAAGAUUCCUGUUCCUUGCCUAAUUUCCUUUGCGGAAGCCUUAGAAGUUGGUUACAGCAAAUACAAAAAUCCAUAUCAUAAUUUGAUUCAUGCAGCAGAUGUCACUCAAACUGUGCAUUACAUAUUGCUUCAUACAGGUCUUAUGCACUGGCUCAAUGAACUGGAAAUUUUAGCGAUGGUUUUUGCAGCCGCCAUCCAUGAUUAUGAGCAUACAGGGACCACCAACAACUUUCAUAUUCAGACCCGGUCAGAUGUUGCAAUUUUAUAUAAUGAUCGUUCUGUCCUGGAAAAUCAUCACGUGAGUGCAGUGUAUAAGCUAAUGCAAGAGGAAGAAAUGAACAUCUUGGCAAAUUUAUCUAAAGAUGACUGGAGGGAUCUUCGGCACCUGGUUAUUGAGAUGGUUUUAUCUACUGAUAUGUCAGGUCAUUUCCAGCAAAUUAAAACAAUUAGGAGCACUUUGCAGCAGCCAGAGGGGAUAGACAAAGCCAAAGCCAUGUCCCUGAUUCUCCAUGCUGCAGACAUAAGCCAUCCAGCAAAAUCCUGGGAACUGCACCAUCGAUGGACCAUGGCACUGAUGGAAGAAUUUUUUCGACAGGGAGACAAGGAAGCUGAAUUAGGCCUUCCCUUUUCCCCACUUUGUGAUCGCAAUUCAACUCUGGUGGCACAGUCACAAAUAGGUUUCAUUGAUUUCAUAGUAGAGCCAACGUUUUCUCUUCUCACAGACUCAACAGAGAAAAUUGUUAUACCUCUUAUAGAGGAAGCCACAAAAUCUGAUCAUUCUCCCUUUGCAUCAAACAGCUCGCCUAGCAUUGGAUCUUUAAGUAUUGGGGAUACUUUAAAAAGGCCGAGUGUUAAAAGCAACAUAAGUGAUAGAUCUAAUUCCUCAGACUAUUCUCUUGCAACAGUGGAUCUGAAGAGCUUUAAGAAAAAUUUGGUGGACAUCAUUCAACAGAACAAAGAGAGGUGGAAAGAGUUAGCAGCACAAGGUGAGCCUGAGCUUCGUAAAAACUCAGAAGAGGUAAUAAAUACCACAGAAGAAAAAUGUGAUAUGAUUCACCACCAGUAGGUUUGAGACAUUUUAAAGGCUUCUGAUAUAUUACAAAUGAGAGGAAAAUCAGAGCAGCACAUAAAUGUCCUAAAUCUCCGAAUGGCCAGAAGGCUCUCCUCUAAGCAUAUUCUUGGACCCUGCCCUUUUUAAUGGACGAUAGUGGAAGAAAAUAAUGUUUAAAAACAUGGGAUCCUGAGCUGGUAACUCAGGCCAUUUCUAUAUUUUCAAGGCUUCAGUAGUGUUUUCUCAUUAUUGUUACUGUCAUCGUGUCACCAUUAUUGUGUUUCCUCUACUAUUUGGCCUUCUUCAAUCAAGCCAGAAAAAACAGACAAACAAACAAAACAAAAAAACACUUUUUGGUCAAAAGUUGGAUUACUUUUGAAAUCUGCAUUGUUGAAAGCUGUUUUAACUUAGCUGACUGUGAAAUGUGUAUAAAUAUACGAUACAUUCAUUCAUUCAUCCAUUCUCUGAUGUGCUGUUUUAUGAAAAGUGCUGUAGCCGGCAUUUUCUUUUUUUUAAACCUCAUGAAAAAAAAAUUAUUUCUGCAGUCUUGGAUGGCAGACCAUUUAGAUCAUCCUGAUUAGAUUUCUAUCAGUGUUUGGGAACAAAGUUGGUAAACUCUACACCUGAAAUCAGACACUUAAGUGAACAAUGAACAUACAAUGGUAUUGGAGCUACAAAGUAGUGGAGACCUCAUCAUGGCUAAGAACUUCUGAUAAACUCAGUGGAACCUUUCUCUGAGACUAACUAGUUAACUUGUAGCUCGUCAUAAUUGUCUAUGUUGUCGUCAUCAAAAUCUUAGGAGCAUGUGGCAUUGAGCUUCGUGAUGUCAAUAUGAGUCAAACACAGACCCUACCCUCCAUAGGCUUACAGUCUCAAAGAGGAGUCUACAGUCAUUGCUAACAGGAAACUUUGGAAUUAAAUCGUGAACUUACCAGCUAGAGUGUUGGACCCAACAGGAAAGAGAAAAAUAUCAAACAUGAUUGGUGGUCAAAUUUAAAGAUGUAUGUAUAUAAAAAGAAAAUGUAUUAUUCAACAAAUGCUGGUUGAAAUAUCCUAUGUGGAAUCUCAGAUAUGUAUGUAUAUGCACAUAUGUGUAUAUACACAUACAUAUAUAUAUUUCCUCUAAUGCACUAAUCAGAGAAGAACUUCCAGCCUUGUGGUCUAUUAUUCAUCUCCCUCAGUUUGCUCCCAGUGGUGUAAUACUGUGUGUAUGUACAAGAACUUUCAGGCUGCUCCAAGAUGAAGAAUGAUUUUGUUGAGAAAUGAUAGAAUGAUUAGCUUGGAUCAGAUACUGCAAAUUUUCGUGGAGAGUUUGAGGCAGACAAGACUUUUGUAGGUUGGCUAUGUUAAUAUGGCUUGCGGAGCACAAAAAUCCAUUAAAAACACCACCAGAAUCACCAUAGAUUAA